UCGAUAGUUUCUCGUUCUGUUGGCGCGUAAAUUUCUUUGUUAUUUGAUAGCCCUAGUCUGCAUUUGAUUUAUUUAAUAUAACACACACAAAAUGGGUCUUUUGGAGUUGUGUGAAAAAUAUUUCCAAACCAAGAAUCUAUACGAAGUUCUUGAAAUCACCGAAAAAGCUACGGAUAAAGAAGUUAAAAAAGCGUAUCACAAGUUAUCUCUCAAAGUGCACCCAGAUCGUGUUGGUGAAAAUGACAAGUUAGAAGCCACUGAGAAAUUCAAGGUACUUGGAGGCGUUCAUGCAAUCCUCAGCGACUCGAACAAGAGAGCCACCUACGACGAGACGAAAUGCGUUGACGACGAUGAUGAUGUUGUAGUUGACCGCGACUGGACAGUAUAUUGGAGACUGUUGUUCAAAAAGAUAACAGAGGAUGACAUUAUUGCCUAUGAAAAGGAAUACAUUGGAUCUGAAGAGGAACGCAAUGAUCUCAAAGUAGCUUAUUUAGCGGGUAAAGGUGACAUGGACUACAUUGUUGACCAAGUGCAGUUUGCCAGGAGUGAACAUGAAGACAGACUUAAGGGCAUCUUGAGAGAUUUGAUUGACAAAGGAGAAAUUCCGGCAUAUAAAAAAUUCACUCAUGAGCCAGAGAAAAAACGCCAAAGGAGGAUUGCGAAAGAAAACCGAGAAGCAGUGGAGGCUGAGGAAUUGAAGAAAGAAUUGGGAGUUGGUUCAGGUCCCAAUAGUCUGGAACUCAUGAUAAAACAAAAGCAGCAGGCACGGGCGCAACAGAUGGACUCGUUAAUUGACAGUUUGGCAGCUAAAUAUGGUGGCGGGAAUAAGCCAAAGGCUACGAAGAGGAAGGCCGCCACUAAAACUGAAACUGCUUCGAUGAAUAAGAAAAGAAAGUGAGAUGUAAGGAGUAAGGCUGUUUUUACACACGCGGAGCGUUACGUUGGUUUUAGGCAGCGCAGGGCGCACUAAAGGGUGGCAUAUGCCGAUGUAGGAGCGUUCUUGUCCUACCUACUGCAUCUAAGAAUCGUGCAAAACACAUAGCCCGUGCUGGAAUUUGAAAUAUGACCUUGGAUAGCCGGGUCGACACAAAACGAGGCAUUGCGGCCGAGGCAUGCCGAAUCUACACAGACCAAGCUGCUUCGCGCGGCAAUUUGGCGGAGGCGGCUCGUUCUGUGUGGAUUUACUAUAUUCACCAUUUGCAGUCUCCAGCGGUAUUACCUUGAACUGAAAUUAGUAUGUAAUUUAAUUAAGCUAUAUUCCGUUGAGAGAAGAAUUGAAUCUCACUCUUCAAGGUGAUUCACGAGACGCGUAACAGUGAGUCUUUAGUAAUUCAAGAUCAUAUUUCCUUGCCUCAGCUUGCAAACUCCAGUGUUUUAUCUUCUACGCAUCGCGAGUCGCCACACAAGUCGAAAUCGCAACGCGCCGCGUAUGCAAAAACUAGACCUAAAUUUGUAUUGUGAUGAUGUGUCAGUUCAAUUUUAUUAUUGAUUAGGACUAAGUAAAUUAUUGUAAAAAAUACUGCCUAAUUUUA